UUCUCCAAUAACACGCUCAAUGCGAUAGCAUCGGCCCUUGUACCGAUCAAGGCUGGUAAGUCCAUCGGUCCACACGGUUGUCCAUGUUCCAGUAGAAGAUUCCCGCAGCUACCGCGGCCCCCGCUUCUUCAGGGGGAACUCCGGGCUGAGGAGUGACUCGAAAUGCUGCCAAGAUAUCAGUAUCUUUGGUUUCGUAAUGAGGAGUAUAAUAAGUCAAUUUGUAAUCUUUCACACCGGCUUUGAAUCCAACACGUGCUUUAGUCUCUGUUUGUGGUGACAUAUAUUCCUCCUUAUAACUCAUAAAUUCAUAAUUCUGACAACAAAACGAUCUACUCGACCUAAAUUAUGCGUGAAUUUUUGCUUUUGGUCGGAAUCGUUCACAAAAUUCCCCCCCGAGUACUCAAUAUUAUCUAUUAUCAACUAAAUCCUAAUUUUUUAUUUUUAAACUAAAAGCAUUUGAGUCAUUUUUCAAAUGCAUCAAUAUUGUAUACUCUUUUGUAUAUCUAGUGCAACCCAGUUUUUCAAUUUCACUUUUUUUACACUACCUCUCUAACUUAAUAAAAAAAUUAAAAAAACUAAUGGGAUAGAAAUAAAAAAUUCUAAUGAAAUACUUUCCCCAAUAUUUUUAUUCCUCCACUUUAAAAUGAUUUACCUAUUUUAGUUCCUUCAUUCGACAAAAAUUAAAUUGAUUGGAUACUGGAUAAUAUCUGGAUAAUAUAAAAAAAGACAGCGAGAAUCCCCCCUUUUUUUCUUAUUACAUUUAUUGAAUUAAUCUUGCGCUUGCGGACAGUUAUUUGUAAUUUGAAAAGUUUUGUAAAUUUUUUUUUUAUGGGAAGCACUCCUACGACUUAUGGUUCUGAGGUUUCCUCAAUUGAAAAAAAAAAUAUAGGACAUAUCGUCCAAAUAAUUGGUCCGGUACUAGAUGUAGCUUUUCGCCCUGGCAAGAUGCCUUAUAUUUAUAAUGCUCUAGUAGUUCAAGGGCAAGCCAGUAAACAAAUGAACGUGACUUGUGAGGUUCAGCAAUUAUUGGGAAAUAAUCGAGUUCGAGCUGUAGCUAUGAGUGAUACAGAUGGUCUAAUGAGAGGGAUGGAAGUGAUUGAUACGGGAGCUCCUAUAAGUGUCCCGGUCGGUGGAUCAACUCUGGGACGAAUUUUCAACGUGCUCGGAGAACCUGUUGAUAAUUUAGGGGCCUGUCGAUACUAAUAAAAAAUCUCCUAUUCAUAGAUCUGCGCCCCGCCUUUAUACAGUUAGAUACAAAAUUAUCGAUUUUUGAAACAGGAAUUAAAGUAGUAGAUCUUUUAGCCCCCCUAUCGCUGUGGAGGAAAAAAUCGGACUAUUUCGGGGGAGCUGGAGUGGGGAAAACAGUACUCAUUAUGGAAUUAAUUAACAAUAUUGCCAAAGCGCACGGAGGAGUAUCCGUAUUGUGGCGGAGUGGGUGAACGUACUCGCGAAGGAAAUGAUCUUUAUGUGGAAAUGAAAGAAUCCGGAGUAAUUAAUGACCAAAAUAUUGCAGAAUCAAAAGUGGCCCUAGUUUACGGUCAGAUGAAUGAACCACCAGGAGCUCGUAUGAGAGUUGGUUUGACUGCCCUAACUAUGGCGGAAUAUUUCCGAGAUGUUAAUGGGCAAGAUGUACUUCUAUUUAUUGAUAAUAUAUUUCGUUUCGUUCAAGCGGGAUCAGAAGUAUCCGCCUUACUGGGUAGAAUGCCUUCUGCUGUAGGUUAUCAACCGACCUUGAGUACAGAAAUGGGGUUCUUUGCAAGAAAGAAUUACUUCCACCAAAGAGGGUUCCAUAACCUCGAUACAAGCAGUUUAUGUACCUGCAGAUGAUUUGACUGAUCCUGCCCCUGCUACGACAUUUGCACAUUUAGAUGCAACUACCGUACUCUCAAGAGGUUUAGCUGCUAAAGGUAUCUAUCCAGCAGUUGAUCCUUUAGAUUCAACGUCAAUGAUGCUGCAACCUCGGAUCGUUGGUGAGGAACAUUAUGAAACUGCGCAACGAGUCAAGCAAACUUUACAACGUUAUAAAGAACUUCAG